AUGGAAUCCACUGGGACUAAUGACGACAUAUAUGACGACAUUGAAAUGGAAGGAGUUGAUAAAAACAGUAAGUAUCACAUUAAACCAUGAACACAUUACAUCAUAUACUGCUAAAAACAUCCAGCAUAUGUCAGAAUACUGAAUACUGGUGAAGAAAAAAAUCCAUCAUUAUUGGUUCCAAUGGUGCGAUGAAAGUUCUGACAAAAGUUACCUUGAAAGCCACGUGUAUAAGCUCUCAAAUACUUUUGAAUUUUGUUUCAACCUGCUACAGAGGCUGAGAUAUCAGCUUUUUUGUAAACCUCAACACUUAAGAAGUGCCGCUGCUGAAAGAAAUUCCAGGAAAACACUGCAGUAUUUUUGAUAAUCACUUGAAAAGUGCACUAUGAGCUUUCAAUUGCAACACAACCAUCAAUAGAGUCCAGGGGAAACCCAGAAAUCUGUCAGUUUAGGCAGUUUCAUGCAGCUGACUUGACAACUUACAAAUGGGGACAGUUCACUGAUUUACUCAAUAGUCAAGAGAUUUCUUGUUUAGAUGUUAACCAGAAAUUGUGAGCAUGGGUGUCCGAGUUAUGGGGGGACAGGCUGUGUCAGCCUCCUACCAGAUCCGUAGGACGAUGGUUGAUGGUUCGGGUCUCUCACCAACCGUUGUCUUAGCUCACCAUUCAUCCCUUUAAGGACUCACCUGGCCUGUAUUAAAUGAACAGGACCAAUAAAUGCCUAAUUGAUUUAGUGCAAUACAACAUUCACAGUACAUUCAGAUUAAAUGACUGUCAAUAAAUCAAAUUCAAUAAUAGGUAUAAUUACAUUAAAAACAGGAAAAAUAAAACAAGACAUUUAAGUACCCCAUUAAAUAGACUGUACAAUGAGUACAAAUUUGAACAACCCGUUAGCACAUCUAUGCUAAUGCUAGCGCUAGCCCGCUAGCUUAGCAUGUUAGCGCCACAUCUUAUCACUCAACACUCACCGAUUCUUCAGUAAAAUCUGCCCACAACGGCGGAAAACAGACUCCCAACGGACCAGUAUUUACCGCUAAAGGUUGACAAUAAAAUACGUUGUGUGCAAAGCAUGACGUGAGGUAAAAGAGUGAAUAUCUAUGACAUUUUACAGAGGAAGCCGUUUCCAACUGCCAGAGGGCUUUUCCCUUACACUGAUUACACAGCUUGAAAAAUCGCUCGUCAAGCUACCAUUGGUCGAGCGUGGUCACCUGACCAGGUAUGUGUGAGGCACGUAAGACACGUAGGAGGCGUAAGGCAUCAGAGUAAGUGGAAAAUAGAGGGAGGAAAAAAUACAAUAUUAAUGAUACAAUAAUAAUGAUACAAUUAAUAAUAAAAUUAUUAUUAUUAUUAUUAGUAUUAUUAUUAUUAUUAUUAUUAUUAUUAUUAAUUAAAAACAACAAUAACAAUAACAAUAAUAAUAUCAUAAUUUUUAUAUGGUGGAUUUUUACCUGGACUACAAACUGUUUACUGAAGCUUGGGAAGGAAAGAGAAUAAGUGUUGACCUUGUUUUUGUUAUUUUCUAAUAAGGGGCUACUAAAAGAAGAAAUAAGCUGCCACCCAAAUGUGGGACCGUGUGUGUUGGACUACUUUUGGCUCUCCUGGUUGUUGGUAACAUAGGACAGCUUGUCUAUCGUAAGUCAUUAGACCCUCAUUUUGUUGUCAUUUAAUACAAAAAGGAUACAAACAUUUCACUGAUAUGAUACAAAUACCUAUUUGUAUUAUUUAUGAUGCUUACUUGUAAUCAAAUGCAUUUUGCAGAUGCUGUCUCUUCAACAGAUCGAGAAUAUUACAACAACCAAAGAGAAGAACUGCAGAGAAAUUAUGAAGCUAAACUGGGGAACCUGUCUGAUGAGUUACAGACCACUCAUCUGAUCAGAGAGGCAAAGGUCAGAGAAUUAACCCAACAGGUCAGAGAACUAACCCAACUAGUCAGAGACAUAGUGACCAUGAUAGCUAAAGGUGAGAUAACUCUCAUUAACUUUUAAAUGCACGGCCUAGAUAUUUGUAGCUUUCACUGACAAUUUGUCUGUUUCCUCACUUUAAGGCAGAAAUUGUGACACAGGCUGGAAGAAGUACGGUCUCAGCUGUUACUUUGUCUCAACGGCAAAGAAAAACUGGGCUGCAAGCAGGGAAGACUGCAAGGCUCAAGGGGCUGACCUGGUCGUCAUAAACAGUGAAGAAGAAAAGGUGAGAAGGGAGGGAACAAGGGAGCAUGCAAGGAAGCCAGCUAUAUUGCAAGCAAAGUAACAGGCAUGCAAGCAAAAGAGAAAAGAAGUCAUCAAGGAAGCAUACAAAGGAAAAAAAAACAGGAAAAAAUAAACAAAAAAGUAAGACAACAAAAACAAAAUAAAAAAAUAAAUAAUAAAAUAAACAAGGGAAUAAGCAAGCAAGGGAGGAUGUAUGCAAGCUAGAAAGAAAGAUUGCAUGCGUGCAAUGAAGCAAACAAGCAAACAGAAAAGCAUUGAAAGAAAAAAAAUGACAGCAAUCAAACAAGAAAGCAAAAUGCAAAAAAGUAAGGCAAAAAUCAAGCAAGCAAGCAAGGGAACUAGCAAGCAAGCAAAAAAGAGCAAAAGAGCAAGCAAACAAGUAAAAAUACAAGGAAGCAAGCAUUUGGAAAAAAAGGAGAGCAAGAAAUGUAUAAAAAAAAAGGUUAGGGUUAAGAAAUUGAUUUCAGUUAAAGGGAUUACAUAUGGAAGAAUAGGAGAAAGAUGAAAUGAAGAGGAUCUGCCUUCUACUGAUCAGAGUAUUUAGUUCCAGAAUGUGAUUGGUUGGUAUUGAAAGUACAGUAAGGUUCAUGGACAACAAUGUCCUGACCAGUUUACAUAAAGAAGUUCUGCUUUGAUAGGAAGGCAGUUUAUAAGUCUGACCAACAGCAUUUUAGCUGUUUUUAUUAAUGGUUGUAUUUAAAUAUUUGCAAAUUUAAACUGGCACCUUUCAGAGGCUCUCUGUGAUCCUGUUAUGAAUUCUUCCUGUUUAACAAAUUUAUAAAUGUAAGUUUAGUCUCUGAGGAUUGACUCAGAUUUUGUUAUGGAGGGUGAAAACUUGUGGUUUGACUACAUUUGUGUCUCUUCUGUGUGUUAUGAUGACAGGAUUUUGUCACUGGGCUGAGGAGUGCAAGUGAUGAAUGGAUUGGUCUGACUGACAGUGCUCAAGAGGGGUCUUGGAUGUGGGUGGAUGGGACCCCUGUCACCACUACGUAAGUUUUCAUGCUGGGCUGGACCUGCUGUAUUCUUUAUUUUAAAGUGAUUUAAUGUAAUUUUUAGCAUCAGUAUAUUUAGUCUCUUCCUGAUAUACUCUACUGGUAUUUAUAAAACCAGGGAAAUAGCAGCAGGAUAUGAAAGUAAUUCAUCAAUCUUUUCAGUUGCACUUUGUCUCAUGGAAGAGCAUAUCUGACUGGAGAUAGGAUACAGGGGUAAUGUCUCUGACAUCUUGUUCAUCAGGUACUGGUCGAGUGGACAGCCUGACAGUUUUAAAUGGGACCAGGACUGUGGAGAGAUGUGGCCGAAAGGAUUGUGGAACGACGAACACUGUUCUAUAAAUAACACCUGGAUCUGUGAAAAGAAACUCACGUUUGAAUGACUAUGUGUGCAUAUCCUUGGUAUUAAAACCUAAUGAUAGCUUUUGUACAUUUUCAUCAUUUUGAGGACCAGACCGGAUCACAUGGAGAACAAUUAAAACAGGCUUUGACUAGAAUUGCUCAAAUCUUGAAGAAGUAUUUUAUUUAAAAUAUGUGAAAAAUGGUCGUGGAGAAAAUCUCACAUCCCUUUUUAUUUUUCCCACAAAUCAUCUCAAAGUACACCAAACUACUGUAAAAUCCUUUUUCUUAAUUUAUUGAAUAGACCAAUUCAAAAUAUGAAUCAGAAACGGUCCAAUUCAAGAGAAAACACUCCACUGCUGACCUUGAUGAUCACAGAAAUAGAUUCAAAUAAUCCAUUUUAUGAAAAUUACAAAAAGAGUAUUCACAAAUGAGUCGCUCACUGUCACAAAAAACUAAAAAAGUGCAAAUUAAGACACCUAGACUGAGAGGCUCUUCACAUUUCCCAGAAUGGCAGCUUCUCUUUUCUGAUACUGACUGAUAUACUUCGUUGUUUUCUUGAAAACCAAAGGCCGAGUACAUCAGCUGAGCAUACGUCUUGGUGUUAGAGUCCGACUGACUUAGAGUUGAAAGUUAUGGCAGACCUUAAGUGAAGCCCUGUGCACUAAUAAGACUUAAGUCCUGUUUUUGUUACACUUGGGUGUAACUUUCACACCUAAUAACCCAUGAGACAGACACGAACAGCAGUAGAAAACCAUCUACAAAAAGUGUUUACACAUGUUAAGUAAAACAUAAAGGUGCAAAAAUGACAGCAGAGGUGUUGAAAAGAAGUUGCUAGGUGAUGACAGUUCAGAAAAAUAGGGCGGGGCUUGUACAUUUUUGGACUUAAAUGGGUUAAAAGGAAUCAGUUCCAGGUCUCUGGUCAACACGUCUGACUGAGAUGUAAAGUUAGGUGUCAUCAGUAAUCACAGCGGUAUUAGACAUUAUAUAUACGGAUGAUAUUAUCAAGAGGAAGCAGGUAAAUGGAAAAGAGAAUUGGACCCAUAACUGAACCCUGUGGAACCCCAUUUGAUAAACUACAACCUGCAAAAGUUCUGUUGUCCAUGUAUGACCUGAACCACUGAGAGGCCACAUCACUUAUUCCUGCUCACUUCUGCAGUCUGUCAGUGACUGGUAUGAUCUACUAUAUCAAAUGUAGGACCAGGAUGUAACAAUCUCCAGCAUCUUCACUAAACAGGAUGUUGUGACAAACUUAGAGGUGCAAAACUGUUAAAUCUGUCAUCAUCUGUGGCAUGUGUGGGCUUUCUGAUGUGUUCAGAAUCAGUUAAGAUUAAAAAAAAAGACUGAGUCAAACUUUAGUGAGAUUUUGCAUGUAGCUGACACCAGCCUGAUGAGCUGCGUCUCAGGACAACUUGUACAAACAUUAGGCCCAGCCAUAUAAUGAGGGGGCCCAUGCACUGUAUUAUGCUGUGCUCCUGUUCCUCUUUCAGUUUGACACUUUUUUGCAUCAGUUCUCUGACCCUUACUCGGUAAUAGGAAACACCAACGUCUGUGAAACUCAGACCAGGGUCUUUUUUUUUCUUUUUCAAAAUUUCUCACCUGCCCUUGGUUUCCUGUCAAGAUACAUGACACCCGCUCAUGCUCAUGUAUUCACUUGCUUUGCGUGCUUCAAUUGUAUCAGGCUGCUUGAAUAUUUCACCUCCUGUAAAUCGAAGGGAGAUUAUUGUUUGUGAUAAUGACAGAUUUUAAACGACAAUAUGUAAGGUGCAGUGUACUCCCCAUUAAACCAAGAUGCGUACAGUUUUGGGUUUAAUUUUUUCAGUCUGCUUAAUUAAACAUAGUCAAGAUAAAGAGAAUGAUCUCUCUCAGUUUUUAUGUGUUUUCUUUUAUUUUAUGGACACUUGUGCACAUGAUGCUGUUUCAGAAGUUGUAGCCUGUCGUACCAGAAUAAUCCAGGUGCUGCUGUGGCCGAAACACUAAAAAGAGAAGGUUAAAUAUUGAGGUUUACAGACAGAACAGAAAGGGAAAAAAAAGAGUCACAUGCAAGGCUGAGCUGGGUGACUUGUCUUGCAUUGCAGCAUGUAAGUUUGACAUUUGUGAAAUCUGUAGAAAAAAAACCUCAAAAAACUCAAAAAACAAAAAGUCAAAGCCGUGUGAGAAACUCAAUACUUCAGAGAAAGGAGGAAAAAACAAAACCACUUCUUUGAAAAAAAAAGGGGGGGUUGGGGGGGUGGGGGGUUCAUGGUUAACUCUAGUUUUGUUUCCUUCUUCUUUUUUUUUGACCAAUCAGAACUGGCUCAAGCAUAAAGACCAGGGCUGAAGGGCUGCUUGUUAUCUACAGGAUGCACACUGUUCACUGGUAUAUAUGCAUUUCUGCUUCAAAGAGUGGCAGCUGCUCAACACAGUCGAACUGAUCCUCUUUUUUAAUGUCUCAGAUCUGAGGUAAGUGCUCGUGAAGAGACCAUUUUCACCUUUACUGUUACAGCAGCUCACAAACAAGAGACAGGAGAGUACAAUUAUGUACUUACAAAGUUUGACUUGAACAAAAUUAAAGGUAAAUAUAGAAAUACAGUAGUAGAUACACAUGCACACUCUCUUUAACUACAGUUAAAUUGGUUAUUGCACAGAGAGCGUUUCAGCAUGUUCUUCAAAACAUAUAAGGACAUGACUGCUGCAGAUUCAACACUGCUGUAUAAAUACACAAAUAUAAUUUGGCCAACAUUGUGACCUUCAGAUGUAAUUAUAAUCACAAUUAUAUUUAUGAUAAUACUAUUUACUUGUGAAGCUGUGCACAGACAGUAGAGACACUGACAAUGCAAUAAUUCAAAUAUCAAAUGAUUGAAAUAAAAAUUAUGUGUUUGAGUAAGAGAUGAAUCAUAGUGCAAAGUCACAAAGCAGCUGCCAUGUAAUGAAAUAAGAGAGGACGAUUAAGGGGAAGUGUCUUUUAUGUGGAAACUUUUCGUUAUUAACUUUAGAAAGUUUUGGUUAUAAUGAUGAUCACUUAUUAUUAAGCGACUAUUAAGCUUAUUUCUGUGCUUACAAUACAAUCCUAAGAAUACGGUGUAUAGUUUGGAGAUAUCUGCAGAAGGAUAUUUAUGGACUGUAAGCAUAAGUGUUGCAUGCUGUUGUGGCUGGACAGUUAUCUAUUUCUGUCUCUCCUAUCAGGAAAAACAGAGAAUGGAAUCCACUGGGACAAAUGAAAACAUAUAUGGCAACGUUGAAAUGGAAGAAUAUGAUAAAUACAGUUAAGUAUCACAUUUAAACAUAAACACAUAACAUACUGCUAAAAACAUUUAGCAUAUGUCAGAAUACUGAAAACUGGUGAAGAAAAAAAUCCAUCAUUAUUGUUUGUCAUGUUUUACUUUGAUAUUUUUUCUGUCUUGUCUUUAGGUUUAUUUAAUAUGCUGCAUUGUCAAACGAUGCUUUUAUUUUGAAGGAUACAAAGUUUUAAUACUGAAUUAAUUUGCAAUCCAACACGCUGUUAUCUUGGUUUUUAAACCCAUAAAAAAUCACCAGCUUCAGUUUCAAAAGUGCCUGAAUGACUACCAGUGAACUCGCCGAAUGCUUCUUUAAAAUAUAAUACCAAUACUUUUAAGAAAGAACUGAAACUGCGAGUCCGUGAGAAGAACCUUACAGGUUUUAUAGUAACUGGAAAAACACAAGAUUAUGAGUAGUCCUGAAUGUAGAAAUGCUUCAAGGCCAAUAUCUGUUUCUUUGAAAUAACACUGAAAAUCAGACUUCAAAAAAGGGAUGACUGAAUUUAAAUCACCCAUUUUUUAAGAAAUAAUGCUCUGACACUUUAUCUCAAAACCAGACUUGUCUUUCUGUCUUUGUUCCUGUUUUUGGACAGGAAGUCUUUAGUGUUAGUGUUACUGCUGACUCAAAUUUAGGAAAGAAAGAGAAUACAUGUUGACCUUUUUUUGUAACUUUUAAAUUAGUGGCCCCUCAAAGGAGAAAUAAGCUGCCACCCCAAUGUGGGACUGUCUGUGUUGGACUACUUUUGGCUCUCCUGGUUGUUGGUAACAUAGGACAGCUUGUCUAUCGUAAGUCAUUUGACCCUCAUUGUUGUCAUUUAAUACAAAAAGGAUACAAUCAUUUCACUGAUAUGAUACAAAACCUUAUUAUACGAGCACAUAUCUAUCAGUUGUAUUCAUGAGGCUCUUUUGCAUUUUGCAGAUGCUGUCUCUUCAACAGAUCAGGAAUAUUGCAACAACCAAAGAGCAGAACUGCAGAGAAAUUAUGAAGCUAAACUGGAGAACCUGUCUCAUGAGUUAAAGACCACUUACCACAAUCUGACAGCACAGGUCAGAGACAUAAUGAUCAUGAUAGCUAAAGGUGAGAUGAUUCUCAUAAACUUUUAAAUGCACAGUCAAGAUAUUUGUAGCUGCUGAUGACAAUUUGUCUGUUUCUCCAUUUUAAGGCAGAAAUUGUGACACAGGCUGGAAGAAGUACGGUCACAGCUGUUACUUUGUUUCAACCGCAAGGAAAAGCUGGGCUGCGAGCAGGGAAGACUGCAAGGCUCAAGAGGCUGACCUGGUCGUCAUGAACAAUGAGGAAGAAAAGGUGAGAGAGCAAAAAAGAGUGCAAGGGAGCAGAGAAGUCAUCAAGGGAGCAAAAGGGGGGAAAAAAAACAACAAAAAGCAAGAAAGACAGCAAUAUGAGCGAGCUAAAACCAAAACAGAAAAAGAGGAGAGAGUUAAAGAAGUAAGCAAGCAAGUAAGCAAGUAGAAAAGAAAGCAAUCAAGAAGGCCAAAGUAAGCAAGGGAGUGUGCAUACAAGCAAGGAAGCAAGGAAGCAAACAGAAAAGAAAGGAAGAAGAAAACGAAAGCGAGCAAGCAAGAGAACAAAGUACAAGAAAGUAAGCCAAAAAAAAAAAAGCAAGCAUUUGAAAAAAGAGAGCAAGAAAAGAAUAAAAAGGAGGGAAAAUGGUUAAGAAAUUAAUUUAAAUGAAGAGUUAAAGAUGAAGGAAUAAGAGAAACAUGAAAUAAUGUAUUUGUCCUGUUUAACAAAUUUAUAAACGUUCGUCUCUGAGGAUUAACUCAGAUUUAGUUGUGAAAGGUGAAAAGUUGUGGUUUGACCAAAAUUGUGUCUCUUUUCUGUGUUAUGAUGACAGGAUUUUGUCAGUGGGCUUGUGAGUGGAGGUGAAAACACCUGGAUUGGUCUCACUGACAGUGCUCAAGAGGGGACUUGGAUGUGGUUGGAUGGGACCCCCGUCACCACUACGUAAGUUUUCAUGCUGGACUGGACCUGCUGUAUUCUGUAUUUUAAAGUGAUUUAAUGUAAUUUUUAGCAUCAGUAUAUUUAGUCUCUUCCUGAUAUACUCUACUGGUAUUUAUAAAACCAGGGAAAUAACAGCAGGAUAUGAGAGAAAUUUCCGUUUCACUUUGGGUCAAGAGACAGGACAGGACAGGAUGUCUGACUGGAGAUAGGAUACACAGGUUAUUUCUCUGACAUCUUGCUCAUCAGGUACUGGGAGAGUGGACAGCCUAACAGUUCUGGAGGGGACCAGGACUGUGGAGAGAUGGUGCAGAGAGGAGAGUGGAAUGACGAAACCUGCUCUACGAAUAACAUCUGGAUCUGUGAAAAGAAACUCGCGUUUUAA